CCUCUGAUGGGUCGUUGGAGGCAUAGGUUGGAGUUCAAUUCUUCCUUCUGAUUCCCAAAUCCAUAAAUUCCAGAAUAUUCUGACCAUUAUAUUAAUCGAAACAAUAACAACUGAAUAUUCAUGAUGAAUAUUUUUUGACUGGAAAAAAAAAGAGACCGUAUUCACUAACUUUGGCGCGAAAAGCUAUGAGAAUUGAAGGGCCCUAUGAUUACGAUAACACACCGAUGUGCCAAAACGCGAUCGGAGCUACAAAACUGCAGUCUUUCCCCGCCGCCGAAGCAGAUAACUCGCCGCAGGAGAAGAAUUCUUUCGACAGCCCCGGGGAAGAGCUUCUCGCGCCGCCACUGAAUUUUUCUAUGGUUGAUUAUGGUGUUUUCCGGUCCGGUUUUCCAGAGCCUGCUAACUUCUCCUUCUUGCGAACCCUAGGCCUCCGUUCAAUUAUAUACUUGUGUCCAGAGCCGUAUCCUGUGGCGAAUGCGGAGUUUCUGAAAGCCAACGGAAUUCGGCUUUUUCAGUUCGGCAUUGAAGGAUCAAAGGAACCAUUUGUAAACAUCCCUGAGGAUUCGAUUCGUGAAGCAUUGGAAAUUGUCUUAGAUGAAAAGAACCGGCCCCUCCUAAUACAUUGCAAACGUGGGAAGCACCGAACUGGAUGUCUUGUUGGAUGCUUGAGAAAACUUCAAAGAUGGUGCUUAACUUCUAUUUUUUACGAGUACCAGAGGUUUGCUGCUGACAAAGCCAGAGUUUCAGACCAGAGAUUCAUUGAAUUAUUCGAAAUCUCCAGCUUGAAGGAAUCAUGCGUACCUGUUUCAAGUUCUAAGGGUCAAUAAUUAGUGGAAAAAUGCCCUUCAGAAACGCAUUGUUGCUUGAAUUCCUUCUCCGUUAAGUGCAGCAAAUAUUUUGCCUCAUUUCACGCAUUAGUACAUUUUGCCUGGACUCAUCUUUAUUUUAAGUGCAAGCCAAAAAAUUUGAAGUUCAUCAUCGUUCUUAAAGGGGGUCGGUCAUCUUUAUUUCACUGAUUGCAUAGGUGCUUCCUUCCGUUUGUAUUAAAACAACAUUUUUAAUCUUGAAGCUUUCUUUAUCUGUCAGAAAUGGGAACAUGAAUGACGAUGACACGAAUCAAUAUGCAAUUUUAGUUACGAACAUAGAAUAGCAGCUUUAGAAAACAGUUUCAACUUUCCACAUAUUGACCUGUCUCCAUUUCGUCACCAUUCUGAUGUACAUACAGGCAAUCAAGCUUUUCGAAUACCAAUCAUUCGAAAGGGAGAGGAGAGCAUCCCUGCCGAUAUCCGCUCUUGUCUUCUGAGGCAUUAUAAUGUACGAAAAUUUGAAUUUAUAUUCAGUUACAAGAUAUGCCAGUGAAUUGAACAUCGAGUUUUUCACCUUUUCUCAUUGCCUAGUAACAUUUUGAAAUGAAGCUUUGACGCUAGCAGUGUCUGAUGAUUAGAUGCCAAUUCUCAGCAUGUUGCGGGAAUUAGAGCCCCGAUUAGGUAAGUUGGGCUGUUACAUCCUAGUGAUUUUGCCUGCUGUCAUACUUUUUUUUUUUUUUGAUAACCCAAAAGGUCCCUUCACAACUCUGGCAGCACAUUGACGUCGGUUACAAUCUACAUUAAUACGAAACUUUCGCAACUCCAGCCGAAGGGAGCCGAGGCAAUCAUCUUCAUUUUAAAAACAAG